CCCACUUUCACUUCAUAUUUUUUAUAUUUUGGUUUUUUCCAUCCGCAAUCUCAUUUUCUGCAAAAUCAAAGAAAAACUAGCUAAAAUUCGCAUUAAUAACAGGAUUUAAGAUUUAAAGUACAUAGUAUCGAAACGGGAAAUAUGCCGGUAAAAGUGCAUCCAACGUUACCACCUCCAGCCAAUUCUAAACAACCAGGAAUUACCAAGAGUUUGUUGUAUAAUGGAUCUAAAUUUCAAGGAUUUCAAAAAAGUAAAGGGAAUUCGUAUGAAGUCGAGGUUGUUUUGCAGCAUGUGGAUGAAGAAAACUCAUACCUUUGUGGCUAUUUGCAAAUAAAUGGCUUAACAGAAGAGUACCCUAAGCUGACCACAUUUUUUGAUGGCGAGAUUAUUAGUAAAAAAUACCCAUUUUUGACUAGAAAGUGGGAUGCAGAUGAGGAGGUCGAUAGGAAACAUUGGAGUAAAUUUUCCCAAUUUAACCAGUAUGUGAAAACUUUUAACUCUGAUAGUUUUGACUAUAAUCAACUAUCAAACACCGAUUUUGUGUUUAUGAGGUGGAAAGAGCACUUUCUAGUGCCCGAUCACACAAUCCGAGACAUCAAUGGUGCCUCUUUUGCUGGAUUUUAUUAUAUUUGCUUCCAAAAAUCCAAGGCGACAAUAGAGGGUUUUUACUACCAUAGGAGCUCUGAGUGGUACCAAUCCUUAAAUUUGACUCAUGUGCCUGAAAACUCCAUACAAAUUUAUGAGUUUAGGUAAAAAUGGUUUAUUUUUUUUUAAUUCAAUAGUUACAAUAUAAUUCGCAUGUAUUUAUUUUUCCAUUGGCAUUGUUUUAAGAUUAAAAUUGUUUUUUCCUGUACCAUUGAUUAUGAACUGAAAUUUGUACCUUACUUGAUUAUCAAAACUGUGUUAAAUUGAUUUUGUAAGUAUGUAAAUUAUUUUGAAUAUGUUUAUAUUUUGUAUAUGGGCAAGAAUAGUGUAAAUUGUGAGUUUUUUAUAAAUUAUUUAUUUAAUGAAAAGAGUAACAUUUUUAA